CGUCCUGCGACUGCCAGGGUACAGGAGCUGCCUUUUGCUCUCUCUCACUUGUGCCAGCUGUUAUCUACAGUACUUUUUGCGCAAUGCAGCGCUGUUGCUGUCACAUUGCAACGCGCGCAGCCUGCUCCUCUCAUUACCAGGCCAUGACGCUGCAACCGGCGCUGUCGCCUGGUCCGGGGCCUAGCCAGCCUGACCACUCACCUUCGCCGCAACUCUUGCCUCCCGGCAGACUUAAGUUCGACGAUGAAAAGUCUGCGGCGGUGUCGCUGCGCUGCUUUGCUGGCGGAGAGGAGCUGCGCAAUCUGCUGCUGCCCUUGGAAUGCACUGCGGAUCAUCUGAGACAAGUGCGACAACCUACGCGCCUGCAACUUUGUCCUCGCGUGCACCCUGGUCAAACCGCAAACAAUGGAGUGACGGGAGAAAGAAGGGUGAAAGGAGUGCAUCCACAAGAAGACGAGGCAACAAAGCAGCGGUGCGCCGGCGAUCCAGGAUUUAGCGUUUGCGAGCGCACGCCUUGGUUUGCUGGCGCUGGGGGCCACUUGCCCGCCCCCAGCCGAGGCAGGUAUGACUCACGACCAUCGUUAACUGGAGACGUGUCGUCUCGCAUUGCGAGCACCGGUGAACACCACCCUGCAUUUUGAUGAGACUGAUGACGCGGGGUACUGGGGCAGCAGCCUGACGUGCCGCGUCUGUUUGAUGACCCCAGGCAUGCUGGCAGGCUUGCGACACUUCGUACAACGUCUGAUUGUGAUUGCCGCAAGUGAACAAACAAACGUACGAGACGCCCGAACUCUCAACUCUCAUCAACAUAUUUGACGGGAUACCAACAAAAUCCUCUGAGGAUGUACCUUCUGCUCCAACAUGCGAGCGCCGGCCGUGGAGGUUGUUUUAAAGGAUAUUUCCUAAACGAGCCAUGGCAGAAAAAAUUAUAGAGAAACCGCAGGUCGAGGGUAGGUAGCUUAAAAAUAGGUACAAUCUAACGAGUCUACUCUUCUG